AUGUGGGAACUAAUUCUUGGGAAUAUGAAAUCCAGAUGUUCUAUGAAUUUGGAAUAUUCAGCACAGUAUUGUUUCCCUAUCAUCGUAAAUUCAUUCCAGAAGGCCCCAGCUAUCAAGAAAAAGAAGAAAUAUGGUUCAGAGCAUUAUCCCCAAGGAAACCUUAAACUGUCACACACAUGUGAGGUAUACUUUUUGAAACGGAAACCUUUCUUUAGUGACAUGAAUAAAAAGCAUAUAGAACCAAACAUUUUAUCAUGA